UACUGCGUCUGUUUCUACCCGGCGCAUUUGAAGCGGGACUGCAGCACAGUUCCUGUCGAAAUGGAAGUGAAAAACUCAAGCGCUGCUAUGCUGAGCAACUAUGAGGUGUUCAAACUCCUCACAGACCUGAAGGAACAGAGGAAGGACAACGGGAAGAACAAACACAGCACAGGGCAGCAGAACCUCAACACCAUCAUGUAUGAGACACUGAAGUAUCUGUCAAAGACACCCUGCAGCAGGCAGAGUCCAGAGGUCGUCAAAGAGUUCCUUAACACCAUGAUGCCUCACAAACUCACAAAGGCGGAGAAACUGCAGCUUCUGAACCACCGACCACAAACAGCAGUGGAAAUUCAACUUUUGGUGGAGGAGAGUGAAGAGCGGCUAUCGGAGGCGCAGAUUGAGGAGCUCAUCCAAACGGUCUCUGCUGCUCUACCUGGUGACCCGGAGCUGGAAAAUGCAGAUGCAGAGAUGGGGGAAGGUGGUGAACAGUCAUGACACAGUGACGCCCAAAUGACUCGGACUGUUCUUGGAGAACUGGAGUAAAGUUUGAAGUGAAUACACAACUGGACUGCUUUUUACCGGCACAAUUUUGCAUCCCUGUUUGAAUUAAACAACAAGGUGACUAAAGGGAGACUCAAAUGCUGCCUGGUCGCGGAUAAAAGGAACCCUUUACUUAAUUUUGAACAGAAAAAGAUAAGCCCGUUCUAAUUUGCGUUUGCUUUUUUAUUUACAAAUGGAUUCAAAUCUAAUGAGCACAUCCCUUCAUAAGGACAGGUGUUAGGACAGAGAGUCACAGAUGUUUUGCAUUGUACUGAUCUAAUUUGUAUUCCACCUUAGAUAUCGUUUAUGCAGAGACAGACUGUUGUUAUUGUGCUGGGUUUGUGGCUCCUGACUUAAUGCUACUCAUCACUGUCAUUCUCUCAUUUGUGUGUAAAAUAAGGGGUUUUUGCUGCUGUAUGAUUUACCAAGUCAGACUUGUAAUGGUACAGCACUAACACAAGGUCAGGUAAUAAUAUAAGAGUGGCUGUGUGAUAACAAACGUGUUUACCAAGAGGUAAUUCUGUCUUUUUCUAAUGCAGUACUUUUUGUAGCACUUGUUUUUUUCCUCCAUAAUGAGAAAAUAUCUAUUGAAUUGUGACUGUCAUCAAGUCAACAACAGUUUUCAACAAAGGCUGCAGGCUUUUCUUCUGGUUUACACAUGGUGCAACUGUAGGACUAUAAUCAGAAACCCUAUUCAGUAUCAGACAAUAGUGGCAUCAUCCUCAAUGCGUCUUUUAUCUGCAUCCUGUCUGUGAAUGCAACACAAAGGAAGAACAGCCCAUGUAGUGUACUGGGAAGCCAUCAUAUGGGUCAUUGUCUUUACUGAUCAUUUAGUAAUUUUGGAAGAGUGUUUUAGGUGUCAAGUUUAAAAUUUGCAAUCAAUUAUUGAUCCUCCUCUAAUAAUGUCAUCUAUCAAAGCCCACAUGCAUUUUUUUGUUAGAUAGGUUUGUGUAAUCACUCAGGAUAUAUCUGUAAACUGAUGUUAGGCCAGAAACUCCUAAUCCACCGACUCCGGAGCAGCUGGUUUUUUCUCAGCUGUGAUGUUGUUUGAUAGAUAAGACUUCAUUGUCAGACAUGGUCUGAAAUGUGCAGCUCCAUUAACGACAAAAAUCAAACAAGACACAAACAUCUGACACAACAUUCAAACAUCAGACUUAUAUUCAGAGGCCUUCAUUGCGCUUUGGUCUGGGAUUCAACUCCAUAUUGAAUUUUAGGAUUGACUUGUUUACAAAAGAGUGUUUUGUUUUUUCUUUAUUAAAACGUGGGACCUUGUA